AUGUCACUGAAUCCGGUGUCCGAGCUUCAUCCCCUCAGGACAUCCUCAGCGGUCAUUUGGAACACCAUGGACUGCCUUGAACAAUCAUCGGUGGCACAGAUCCAGCAAGAAUUUCAAGUUCCAAUCUUCACCGUAGGUCCUUUUCACAAGAUUGCAACAGCGGCCUCAAGUAGUUACUAG